UGCGGUAGCUUAGUUACGGCUCUAAUAUGAUUUCAUCACCACUCGUCCUCUCCACCACAGCUCCUGAGCUGAGACUCUGUCCUCUAAUAUGAAUAUGGUAUUGUGUCCUAUUACGGAGCCUGAAUAGAAAAAGCCGAAAACCCAUAUCCCAAGAUGCAGUGGUGCAGGUGGGCUGGCAGUUGGAGAUCACACCUACCAAGACAGCCCGCAGAGCCGGAGAUUGAGGAGUCUUUCGACUUCCUUUUCAAAAUCAUCCUGGUUGGGGACUCAGAUGUGGGGAAGACCUGUGUGGUCCAGAGCUUCAAAUCUGGCAUAUUCAUCGCGAAGCAGCAAAACACCAUCGGUGUGGAUUUUACUGUUCGCACCCUGGACAUUGAUGGCAAGAAGGUGAAGAUGCAGGUGUGGGACACUGCAGGACAGGAGCGCUUUCGCACCAUAACUCAAAGCUACUACCGCAGUGCCCACGGGGCCUUGGUGGCCUAUGACAUCACACGCCGCAGCACAUUUGAAUCUGUUUCCCAAUGGAUCAGGGAGGUGGAGCAGUUUGGAGCGUCCAGCGUGGUACUGAUCCUCAUCGGUAAUAAGUCAGACCUUCAAGAUCAGAGGCAGGUGUUGUUCGAGGAUGCGUGCACGCUGGCAGAAAACAACGGUGUGCUGGCUGCUCUGGAAACCUCAGCCAAGGAGGCCCAGAACGUGGAGGCGGCCUUCAUCCUCAUGGCCCGGGAGCUGCUGGCACGCAACGGCCUGACCAUCGUAGACGAGAUUUCCCAAGACUCGCCUCAAUUCAUGCUGAGUAACAGCUCCCACACGGUCCAUAGCACCGGGUCUUCGGAUAAGAAGUGCGGUUGCUGAGCAGACUGAAGUAGGAUCACGUUGUUAAAGACUUGUUUGAAAAAUAGUGCCUGCAGUUUGAGAAACUAUACAUGUCGCAUUGUGUGUGUGAAUGUUUUGUACAUAUUUUGACCUUUAAUAUUUAUACAGUUUGUAGGAUUAGUAACAGUUUUUAAAUGGCGGUUGCUUCUCAAAUGAGUUUUGUGAUAUUCUCCCGAGGAUAACAGCUGCUGAAUGCGAUAGCGACCUCAGCAUUACAAACCGCACCUCUGCUGGACGACUCUGCACUAAGAUGUACUUACAGUAUACAGAAUGUUUUCACAUGACAAGGUUUUGUGUCCUUCAUCCUUUUUAAUUGUUCUUUCA